AUGAUUUUAGGGCCUGAAGUUGUUUGGAAACAGCCAGAAGAACAGCUUCAGAUUAGUAGCAUAUUAAACCUACAAUUGAAUUUUGAGAUGGCGAAUGUGUACGGCGGCUCAACAUCGAAUCAAAAUAAUAGACCUCAUCGUGUCGUAGCUUUGGAUAUUUUUCGUGGAUUAUUAAUGGUCUUGCAAUCCUUAGAUCAUGCAAGAGGAUAUUUAGUGAAUAUAAGAGGUCAACAGGCACACGAAACUUGGUAUCAACAGCCUGUAUUUGAAGAGUUAGUUCCAUCAAUAACAAGAUUGGUUGACUCAUUUGGCGGCACCGGGAUUUACCUUUCUUAUUUUGGUUUCAUUUUGAUUAUAUUAAAUUCCUAUUUUUACUACCUUCUUGCAUUUAAAUAUCCUACAACGAUAUUAUUUGCGUUAGGGGUGAAUUUAAUAUUUGGAGGAUUAAUAAUUUUGGCAGAAAUGAAGUUAUUUCUCUUCUUUAUAAAAUUUUAUCAAACAGCUGAUCUGGAGAUUGCGAUAAAUAAAGCAAAUUUAUUAGCCAUCGGAAAUGUCGUUCAAACUCCAAAAUCCACAGAUUAUGAAGUGGUGGAUUUUGGUUGGUGGAGAUACAUCUGGUUAUUGCCAGGAUAUUACAAAAAUUUAUAUUCUAUCUAUCCACCUUUAAAUUGGCUAUCUUUCACAAUUUUCGGAAUUAUUUAUGGAUAUAUCACCUUAGAACGAGUACGGAAUGAAAAGUUUAAUAGAAAUCUCAAUUUGAAAAUCGGAAUCUUCCUUUUAACGCUCUUCAUAGCAAUCAGAAUUCCUGGUAAAUUUGGAAAUAUAAAUCCGGAUCUACUUCCAUCACCACCACCAGGAACCUUGUUUGACAAUCCUUAUCUAACUUCCGUAUUACAAUUUGUGAAUGCGAUUAAAUAUCCCCCGGAUUUAUCAUUCUUUACAUUGUAUAUGGGAUUAAAUCAUUUAAUACUUGCAUUCUUUUAUGCAAUACCUUCAUUCAACUCAAAUUAUCUUAUAGUUGCUAUCAAUAAUGGUCCAUUAUUAGCUUUUGGUCAAAGUGCUUUAUUUUUUUACAUGGCACAUUUUCAUAUCUAUAUUUUCAUGUCUUUAACCAUGUUUGGAAUUACUAGUGAAUCAAAGUUUAACAUCGAUUCUUGGCAAUUUUGGUUUUGGUGGAUUUUUGGGUUAGCAUUAUUAUGGCCCAUGUGCGUUAAAUAUGCUAAAUUCAAAAGCAAUAAAGGCCCCGAUUCGUUGUGGAGGUUCUUUUAA